ACGCAAUAUAUAUUACUGUUUUGAAGUCUCAUUCAUUCUUGUGACUUAUCAACGCUCUCAAUGUAGUCUCAGUCACAUCGCUACAUUUCGACCUGCAGUUCUGAAUGAUAUGUGGUCAAGGCUACAUCGAUUUAUCCGAUCAAGCGUCAUUUCUUGUCCAAGAGUAGCAACAUGACCGUCGUGCUGGUGUCUCUAAUUCUCGGGGCGCUUACAGCCCUUUACUUUUAUCUGACGCGAAAUUACAAACACUGGCAAAAACGUGGAAUUCCGUGCGUGGAUGGAGCUUUGCCGGGGUUCGGUAACAUGCUAUCGGUGAUAUGCAUGAAGACGCACAUAGCUGAUUUCUGUUGCAAGAUCUACAAGGACAAUAAGGGUCGUAGCAUGGUCGGGAUCUAUGACUUUACAUCACCGACGUUAAUGAUCAUCGAACCGGCACUAGUGAAAGUGGUCCUGCAAACCAAUUUUUCAAGUUUUGCCGAAAAUGCUGUUCAUAUUAAUGAAGAAUCAGACAGCCUCCUGUCAUAUAAUCCCUUCGGCCUUUCCGGUGAGAAGUGGUUAAACAGCAGAAAGCGAUUGGCAUACGCAUUUUCCAGCAUGCGACUGAAGAUCCUGCUCGAAAACGUUAAAAAAGUGUGUGCGACGAUGGAGAAUUACAUGGACAGAAAAUUAAGCAACAAAGAGACAGAGUUCGAAUUGAAGAGCUUAUUUUCCAAAUACACCGCGCAGGUGGUAGCUGCUGCUGGCUUCGGCGUAGAUGGAUACUGCUUUGAUGAUGACAAGAAAGAUGUAUCUUUCAGAAAACUCGGACAAGCCAUCUUCAAACCGUCCAAACGAAAUACACUUAUAUUCGCUCUCGUAUUUCUCAUUCCGUCAUUAAAUAAAAUCUUGAAACAAGACCUCGUUCCGAAGCACGUCGACAACUUCUUCAGGACGUUAGUUGCAGACCUUAUGGAACAAAGGAGAAAAGACGGAAUACCUAGAAACGAUUUUCUUCAUUUUAUGGUGGAACAGGAGCAAGCGGAGGGUGAUAAAUUCGACAUUGGAAUGGUUGCGGCCCACGCAAUGUCAUUUAUCGUCGACGGCUAUGAGACCUCCAGCACUGUCAUGAGCUUCAUCGGAUUUGAUUUGGCCCGUCACCCAGAAGUACAGAAUAAAUUACGGGAGGAGGUGUUAUCCGUACUUAACAAAUACAACGGAGAAAUCACUUAUGAAGGCUUGAAAGAAAUGACGUACAUGGACCAAGUCUUAAACGAGACACUAAGAUUAUUACCCGCAGGGGGGGUGAUGAAGAAACGAUGCACGGAAGAAUUUGAACUAAAAGGAUCCGAUGGAGUUGUCUGUCGCGUGCAACCCGGAAUGGAGAUCCUGAUACCGCUUCAAGCUCUACACACAGAUCCACAAUACUGGGAAAAUACCGAAAAAUAUGAUCCUGAAAGAUUCAACUCGGAUAGAAAACACAACAUCGAGAAAUUUACUUUUCUUCCCUUCGGCGAAGGUCCACGAAUCUGUGUGGGUAUGAGAAUGGCUCAACUGCAAAUAAAGGCAGGUUUGGCUAUGAUUUUGAGAAAAUACAGAAUGGAAUUGUCGCCGAGGACGCAAAUACCAUUAAAGAUAAUUAUUGGGACGUUUUUACCAACACCGGAAGGUGGUCUGUGGGUCUAUUUCCGACAGCUUUAAGUACAAAUACUUGUUUUAAAUUUCUUUUUCAGGCUUUCAAUGUCAUAAAUAUUUCUGU